UUAUGUGAGUAACAUUACAUUAUUCAAAUGGGAAGAGCAGAUGCCAGUAGAUAAUCUUAAUCUCCGUCAUUUUGUAACAGAGAAACAAUUGUUUUUUAUUUGGUUUCCCUUAUUAUUAUUACAGACUACACCCUCUCUUGGAUUCUCUCAGCUACUACUCUCUCUCUCUCUCUCUCUCUCUCUAUAUAUCUUUCUCUCUUUCUCUAUCUAAUGUUGAAGAAGGUACUAAUCUGUGACUGUGAGUGAGUGAAAUUCUGGGAAAAUUUCCAUUUCCAACUCCGAUUUCUUCAACUUUGUGUAGCAGCUAACACUACCACUGCCACUGCUACUGGGUUUCUUCCAAUUCGAUGGGUAGAGAGAAUGCACUGAAAUCCAGAGAGGUAUCUGCGAUGAUAAAGCAGGGUUUCAUUGCAGACCCAACAUUAACAACCUUCUCUUUCUCACCUUCUAGAACCUUCUCUUCUCCUCCUUUCUCUCCCUCCUCAACUCGCCCGAGUCAGACUCAUUCCCAUACUCACACCCAGACCCAGACCCAGACCCAGACCCUCUUCGAUAUGAUGUCGGAGGAGCACACUCGCGAGUCGAAAUUCUCCGACGACAAGCGCCGGAAAAUGCAAGAUCGGGUAUUGAAGCUUCUCGAUGAAGAGCCGUUUCGCGGUGGCGGCGGUGAUGUGAAACUCACGGUGGUUUCGAGGGAUGGAUUCAAGGUUUCAAUGGAUGUGCACAAGAGAGUUCUCGCCGACAAGAGCAGGUUCUUCGCGGAGAAGCUUCGUUGUGAGAGUGGGCUAUCGCACUCGGUGGAGAUCAGUGACUGUGACGACGUUGAAGUGUACGUUGAAGCUGUCGUUUUGAUGCACAGUGAAGAUCUCAAGAGAAGGUUGAGAUUAAUGGGUGAAGGGGUUUCUAAAGUUUUGAGCUUGCUCAAGGUAUCAGCAGCUAUCAUGUUUGACCUUGGGGUUGAAUCAUGCCUAGAAUAUUUGGAAGCUAUUCCAUGGACUGAGGAUGAACAAGAGGAAGUAAUAUCUCAGCUAGGUCAUCUGCAGCUUCAUGACUCUGCAACUCAAGUUCUUCAUAGAGUAUCAUCUGAUCCAUCUACUGCUGCAAGAGCCGAUGACAUCUUCAUGAACCUGCUGAAUGGUGUUCUACAAGCAAAAGAUGACAAAGCUCGUAGGGAAAUGAAAGCUUUGAUAUCUAGAUUGCUUAAAGAGAAUGCAUCUAAUGAUAGCAGCAGACUUGAUGUUUCUAAAGACACACUUUAUCACCUUUGCCAUAGGUGCAUCAGUUCGCUUGUCCUAUGCCUGUCCGAAGCAACCGGCAAGGAUGAGAGGCCAGAUCGCGGGGUUCUAAUGAGUGAAAUAACUCGUGAAGCUGACAAUAUUCAGUGGAUUGUUGACAUUUUGAUUGGCAAAAAGAUGGGUGAUGAAUUUGUGAAAAUAUGGGCAGAACAGAAAGAACUUGCUACACUUCAUUCAAAAGUUCCAACCGUUUACCGCCAUGAGAUCAGUAGAAUCACAGCACAACUAUGUAUUGGCAUUGGAAGGGGACACAUACUGGUACCAAAAGAAAUUCGAUUUUCCUUGUUGUCAACAUGGCUAGAAGCUCUAUAUGAAGAUUUUGGAUGGAUGAGAAGAGCUUCUAGAGCUGUUGAUAAGAAAUUGGUUGAGGAUGGACUAAGCCAAACUAUAUUGACACUGCCUUUACUACAACAACAGUCUGUGUUGCUCAAUUGGUUUGAUAGAUUUCUUAAUAAAGGAGAUGAUUGUCCUAAUAUUCAGAAGGCAUUUGAGAUUUGGUGGAGAAGAGCUUUCAUCAGACAGUAUUCAGCUGAGUCUGAUAAUUCCCAGUUGCAAAUUACUCUCUGUGAUUACCCGAGUUAAAAACUAUGAAAGGGACCUCAAAAGAAAAGAAAAAUAAAUUAAAUUCAUAUUUUGUAAAUAAGAUGAGACAUUUUGCAUUUCCCACUUAUGCUUUAGCCUGCUGUAGUCAAUUUGGAUUUCAUCUUUGCCCAUUUACUUUUUUUGACCUGAACUUAGUUGAGAACCCUGUAACCUAACUCACAGAAAGUUCUCUGUCGAAGACAAACGAUUGUAGGGUGGGAGUAUUGGAAAAGAAUUAGAAAAUAUGUAAAGGCGUUUCUUGUUCUUGCUUAAGGGUUGAAUUUAAAGACUGUAAACUUU